CCACGGUGAUCGAAUAGAGCUGAUCAACCCAAGCGCAAUGAGCAAAGAGGGGACUGAACGCGCAGUACGCGACAGUCGCGUGGAGCGACGCCCGUCGCUCCUUGUUGAGUUAAUAUCAGGCUCGGUAGCGGGUGCAGCUCAAGUUCUUGUCGGGCAGCCCCUCGACACAGUGAAGACCAGAGCACAGGUAGCAUCGAGUCCGAUGGAUAUUCUCAUCCAGACUGUUCGAAAGGAGGGCUUUUUUGCUUUGUAUAAAGGGACGCUGUCUCCUUUGAUCGGGAUUUCGGGAGUCAACUCUUUGCUCUUUGGUGCUUAUGGCGUCUCCCGCAAAAUGAUCUCACCAUUCCCUGAUUUAUCAAUAGCCCAAACAGCUGUUGCUGGGGGGAUGGCUGGCGCGGUGAACUCGAUUCUCGCUGGGCCAGUCGAACUUUUCAAAAUUCGAAUGCAGGGUCAAUACGGUGGUGCUGACGACAAACGCUUGUCUCGUGUCGCUAGAGACUUGUGGAAAGAAUGGGGUUUCCGCAAAGGAAUCAUGCGAGGGUUUUGGGUGACAGUGGCAAGAGAAAUACCUGCAUACGCAGGAUUUUAUUCCGGUUACGAGUAUACCAAGAGACAAUUUAAGUUCAGAUAUGGCGAGAACCUUCCCAUCUGGGCUUUACUAGCAAGUGGAUCUUGUGGUGGUAUAUCAUAUUGGCUGGCUUGUUAUCCAUUAGAUGUUGUCAAGUCCCGCGUUCAGCUGGCACCCAAACCGCCCACCGGGGGUCUUACCUACAUUGCACGCGAGCUUGGUACCGUAUACCAUGAAGGCGGAAUAAAGGGGUUGUAUCGCGGGCUGACUCCAUCUUUGAUACGAACCAUCCCGGCAGCUGCCGUCACUUUCGCCACCUUUGAGAUCACACGUGAAUAUCUUCAGGCACACACUUCGUGGUAGAUGGCGCGCCAGACACUUAUGAAAUAGUUCAUCACUGCUUCUACACAGCUCCGGUACUGGACCGCUAAACAGUGGAGUGCACGGGUGCAAUAAUUGACCAGGAGGCGGUAAUAUAG